ACGCGACUAAAUGGCUCCAGCUUCACCAUGGGGGCCUCAAUCGAGCGAAACGAAAUGAACAAAAUUCAUAAAAACCGCCAAAUAGCCUGUCAAUUUGACAACUCGCCUGGGAUUUGAGGUUAAAAACGCUUGACGUUUGUGUCAUUGGGUGGCCAAAAUUUAUUUUUUAUUUUAUUUUCCAAUUUAACGCAAAAAUGCAUGGAAGGAUCAAAGUUCGCACUAGCGAAGAACAGAAGCUGCAAAAGCAGAAAGAGCAGCAGAAGAAACUGGUAGCUUAUCGCAUGGGAAUGAAGCAGAUCUUGUCGACGAGAAAUAAGGAGAAUUAUGAUCCGGCGUCGUUGCUUUUAAGUGGCCAGCUCUUGAGUGUGAAUCCCGACAUUUACACUUUGUGGAAUUACCGUAAAGAAGCAACUUUAAUGGAACUGAAGGAGAAUCACUCAGAUGCGGAGAAUGGUGAUGAGAAAUCGAUUGAGUUUUGCGAGAAUGAGUUGAGAUUGACUGAACAGUGCCUUCUUUCAAAUCCCAAGUCUUACGGUUCCUGGCACCACCGCUAUUGGAUCUUAAACCAUCACCCUAAGCCCAACUGGCAACGAGAAUUUGAUUUGUGCACCAAAUACUUAUCCAUGGACGAUAGAAACUUUCAUUGUUGGGAUUUCCGCCGCUUGUUAGUCAAUAAAAUUGGCAUUACUUUAACUGACGAAAUCGCGUUUUCAACCGAACGAAUUAAUAUAAAUUUCUCAAAUUACUCCUCCUGGCAUUACCGAAGUACGUUGCAGUUUCUGACAGACGCCGAAAGCGUGGCUAAAGAGCUGACUUUGGUGCAGAAUGCCGUAUUUACCGAUCCAAUCGAUACAAGUGCUUGGUUUUACUUGAGGUGGGUUUUAAGCAAUCCAAAUUUGAGGAAAACUCAAAAAGAUGAGUUGUUGGAGGCUUUAGAGCAAUUGCAAGAACUGGAGCCUGAUUGUAAAUGGAUUGUUAUGGCCAAAUGUUGGUUAUCAGGGAAUAUAACAGUGCUGGAUAAGGAGCAUGUUGAAAAUAACGUUCAUUACUAUAAGGAAUUAAUCAAGCUGGACCCGUUGCGGCGAGGGCAUUAUGAGGAUUGCCUAAAAAUCGUCGAGACGAAAAUUGAUUGAGUUCACUAGUUGUGUGAUUUUUUAUACUUAAGUCUAUACAUAAUUGUGAUUAUUGAGCAUUAAAUAAAUUGGUAAAAUAUAA